UAGUUAAAAUAAGCAUUUGAGCUGGCUCUCUCUUUCUUUUUUUCCUUUCCUUGACAUAUCAAACCUUUCCCUACACAAAUUCAUCCAUCCUCGCAUUUUUAAACUUUUUGAUUUUCUUAUAUCACUCUUAUUUUCUGCAUCUUGUCAAUCAGCAGCUAUAUUAAUUAUCGCUUGAUACCAGUUACCAGAAAAACAGCCCACUUUUACAUCUACUUAUUACAUUUUUAUUUUUAAAAACAAACAAUGAAGUCCUUCUUUGCCUCCGCCAUCCUUGCUCUCAUCAGCGCCAGCUCCGUCGCCGCUGGUCUCAUUCCCCGCGACGUCAUAUACCCGGAUGUCUUGCAGUCCAUCGCAAUUACACCUUCGGCCACGCCAAUGUACACGACAUGGGCGUCUUCCGAUAUUGAAACAAUUUUCACGAGCAGUUAUAUUGAGGCCGAGACUCCUUUACCUGAGGUUCCUGACUACACGGAUAGUGGCUCUGAGUUUGAUUCCAUUUACAGCUCUAUUGCCAUAGUUAUGCCAGGUUUAACCAGCGAGUCCAAGAAUGAGUCUGUGUCUGUAACCAAAAGCGAGUCAGAAAGCAUCAGCAGCCCACCCCUGUUGAAGAGUACUCUACUGUCAACGAAUCCUCUGCUGUCAGUGGGUCAGCUACAGUGGUGAAUCCUCUACAGUUACCAAGUCGAAUAUCCAGGUCACAUCGACAGUCUAUAUCGGCCGCUGCCCGAUGUAAUCUUUGCUAUAUGUUUUUUUUCCCUUUUUUAAACAAAUACAUUAAUUUUU